AUGAAAUCCAUCGUCGCCUACGCCGUCGCAACACUCGUUGCUUUCGCCAACGCGCUUCCCACCACCAAUGUCAACGAGAUGCCAGAGGUUGUCGCGCGCUCUUCUCUCGAGAGCCGUGCCACAAACUGCAGCGUAGCCGCCACCGACACCCUCCUCUUUUCCGUUCCCAUCGGAGCAUUCCUCGAAGCGCGCAAGGCCAGGGACCCGUCCCAGUGCAGCUGGGCCUCGGACGGCUGCACCAUGGCGCCCGACAAGCCCAUCAGCUUCAACUUCAUCCCUAGCUGUCAACGUCAUGACUUUGGAUACAGAAACUGCAGAGACCAGAAGCGCUUCACGAGCGCCAUGAGGAAGAAGAUUGACGAUGUUUUCAAGAAAGACUUGUACAAGUACUGCUCUCAGUUCUCCGGGUGGCAUUUCUGGAAGGGCUAUCAGUGCCGUCGCCUCGCAGACACUUACUAUGCGGCCGUCCGGACCUUUGGCAAGCGAGACGGCGGCUAUGUUGAUCUUGAUCAGCCGGUGGAAUUGGUCGAGCGCGGGCCGAGGUUUGACUAG